UACGAGGUGAUCCAGUGCAAAUACGUGAAGCGGAAGAUUAAUGAGACCUUGUUCUUCCAAGAGAGAGCAAAAGCCGUGGGCGACUCGGAUGUGUUCUUGCUGAUUACAUCGGUGAGAUUGACGACCCAAUUCAGCCUUCCCCCGCGGUGUGGGGUCGUUUCAUACGACGAAUUUCGCGAAUACUUCGGGCCGUAUGCCAGUCGUGCAUUCCGGAGUUUCCUCGAUCCACCAUACAUCAACACCGCUUCACUUCAGAUCCUAAGUAUGGUGGAAGGACUGGGCGACGCUACCAUCCGCCGGAUUGUAGUGAAAAGGCCAUUCACUAGCAUCGAACAAGCCAUC